UAAGCAGUGUUUGGCAUGUUGGAGUCAUGGCUUUGCUGGUCUCUCCCCACAGUGUACAACUGGACCGUGGACGAGGUGGUGCAGUGGCUGAUCACAUAUGUGGAGCUGCCUCAGUAUGAAGAGACCUUCCGGAAGCUGCAGCUCAGUGGCCAUGCCAUGCCAAGGCUUGCUGUAACCAACACCACCAUGACAGGGACUGUGCUGAAGAUGACAGACCGGAGCCAUCGGCAGAAGCUGCAGCUGAAGGCCCUGGACACAGUGCUCUUUGGGCCUCCUCUCUUGACCCGCCAUAAUCACCUCAAGGACUUCAUGCUGGUGGUGUCUAUCGUUAUUGGUGUGGGUGGCUGCUGGUUUGCUUAUAUCCAGAACCGUUACUCCAAGGAACACAUGAAGAAGAUGAUGAAGGAUCUGGAGGGAUUACACCGAGCUGAGCAGAGUCUGCAUGACCUUCAGGAAAGGCUGCACAAGGCCCAGGAGGAACACCGCACAGUGGAAGUAGAGAAGGUACAUCUGGAGAAGAAGCUGCGUGAUGAGAUCAACCUUGCCAAGCAGGAAGCCCAGAGACUGAAGGAGCUGCGGGAGGGUACUGAGAAUGAGCGGAGCCGCCAAAAAUAUGCUGAGGAGGAGUUGGAGCAGGUUCGGGAGGCCUUGAGAAAAGCUGAGAAGGAGCUAGAGUCACACAGCUCAUGGUAUGCUCCAGAGGCUCUUCAGAAGUGGCUGCAGUUGACACAUGAGGUGGAGGUGCAGUACUACAACAUCAAGAAGCAAAAUGCCGAGAAGCAACUCCUAGUGGCCAAGGAGGGGGCUGAGAAGAUAAAAAAGAAGAGAAACACACUCUUUGGCACCUUCCAUGUGGCCCACAGCUCUUCCCUGGAUGAUGUGGAUCACAAAAUACUAACAGCUAAGCAAGCUCUGAGUGAAGUGACAGCAGCACUGCGGGAGCGCCUGCAUCGCUGGCAGCAGAUUGAGAUCCUCUGUGGCUUCCAGAUUGUCAAUAACCCUGGCAUCCAUUCACUGGUGGCUGCCCUCAACAUAGACCCCAACUGGAUGGGCAGUACGCGCCCCAACCCUGCCCACUUCAUCAUGACUGACGACGUGGAUGACAUGGAUGAAGAGAUUGUGUCACCCUUGUCCAUGCAGUAUGCUGCCUGGCUGAUGGGGCGUAGGUUCAGUGACCGCUCUCUCUGCUCAACAUCCGCCGGCUCGGAUGAUCAGUCCCUCUGGAAAUACCCGGCCCCAAGCCUGCAAAGCAGUGUCCGGCAGCGCCUGACGGAACCACAGCAUGGCCUGGGAUCUCAGAGGUUGGUAGAGGGUGAGGCUGGCCACUUCUUGACAAGCCGGGUAUCUCUGAGGCGAAUGCGCAGCCUUUCAUCUGGACAGUCUUUCAGUUCUGAAGGCCACGGGACCAGCUCUCCAUCUGCCUCUGCUGCUGCUUCUUCCUGCUCCUCUACCACCACCACCACCACCACCGCCACCACCACCACCAUCCAUGUCCACCCUGUUUAUUACCACCAAAGCACUUCCUAUUUCCUCCAGAUGGAUCCCUCCUCUGACCCACCCACUUCUGACAGCACCACUGUGAUGCCUGGGCAUUCAGAGAGCUUGGGGGAUUUGACCCAUUCAGAUUCGGAGUCCUCCCUCCACAUGAGUGACCGCCAGCGUAUGGCCCCCAAGCCUCCUCAGAUGGUCCGUGCUGCAGAUGAGGCUCUCAAUGCCAUGACUUCCAACGGCAGCCAUCGGAUGAUUGAGGGGUCUGUGGUGGAGAAACUGCCUGACAGCCCUGCCCUGGCCAAGAAGGCACUACUGGCGCUGAACCAUGGGCUGGACAAGGCCCACAGCCUGAUGGAGCUGAACCCCUCAGCCCUACCUGGUGGCUCUCCACCUUUGGAUUCUUCCCAUUCUCACAGCCCCAGUUCCCCAGACCCAGACACGCCAUCUCCAGUUGGGGACAGCCGAGCCUUGCAGGCCAGCCGAAAUACACGCAUUCCCCACCUGGCUGGCAAGAAGGUGGCUGAGGAGGAUAAUGGCUCCAUUGGCGAGGAGGCAGACUCCAGCCCAGGCCGGAAGAAAUUUCCCCUCAAAAUGUUUAAGAAACCUAAGAAGUAGGCAGGAUGAGGGUGGCAGUGGCAGGACAGCUUGUCCUUCCCUGGUCUUCUGCCUCCCCUUCCCUGCCUUCCAAGAUACCUGGCCCCUAAAGUGGGGCAUGGGAGGGGUUGGCCCAGGGGCCUGGGCACUGUGGAAACCUGCCCUCCUCAUCCUUGGGUCCUUCAACAUUAUUUAUUAACUGACCACCAUGGCCUGCCUGUCCUGCCUCCCUCUCAACCAUGGGCUGCUGCUAUCACUCCUUCUCUACUUCAGUGCAUGUCUUAGUCGCUGUCCCCUCAGCUACCAGCUCCACCUCUGAGGUCCAGCUUCUGUCUCUGCUGUCCCAGUUUUGAGGUUUGGUUUCUUGUUGUUUUUUUUUCUGUCUCCUGCUUUCAGGCUCCUCCCUCCCACCACUCCCCAACUUCCCCUAGCAGCUAGGGGGGAAGACAGGAGUAGUAACUUCUGACACCUGUGCCUCAAAUCUAUUCCACCUUACCUACAAUGGUUCUAUGUGCCCCAAAUUGGGUCCUAGAGCCUAAUAUUUGAGGUUUGUUGUUGGGAGUGUGAUGGGCCACAGGAAAUCUUGGCUUGAAGCUCACUCAGGCCUCCAGGAGCCCAUGGGGGAGUGAAACCAAUCCCCAGAGAACAAGCCACUAGAGAGUUUUGAAGAGGGCAAGGCUAAUGGAUAGAUGGGGAGAGACUUCUCUUAGUUGGAGGAUGAGUAGAUGCCAGAGCUAUGGGCUCCAAGGCAGUCACCUUUUCUCUCUUCUCUCACCCACACCUGUCUCUCUCUUAUCCCUGCUCCCUCACAUUGCAGGAUGGUUUGUCUGUAAGAGGUGCUGCCCAAAUGCUCCCCAAGCAUCAGUACUCCUGAUGCCCAGGACAAUUGGCUCCCCUGGCCAUGGGAACCUUAGCCAUGAUACAGGUCUCUAAUGGGGCCCUGGAGCUGAUGGGCAGGAUGUUGUUGUAUUUGAACCAAAAGACAGUUUAAAAUUGAAAAAAAGAAAUCUCCUGAAUUUCCCAAGUGCCUGCACCACACACUCCCUUUGUCAGACCCUGUUUUCAUGUUACUGCAUACCCUGGGCCAGAGGCUCAAAAAGGACACAGCCAAUUUAGGGAAGGGGGUGGCUAAGGAAGAUGGUGUAGGUGAAGGUGGCUAUGUGACCACUUCCCCCCACCCUUCCCACCCUCUAGACAACUCUCUUUCCUACCUGUUUUUGCUAUGGCUGUAAAGGUAUUUUCCCUUUGCCUCACUCCCUGACAUGCCUUUACUCUGGGAUCCUAUUUUGGGCCUGGGGUGGGGGUACCUGUGCUGGUCUUAGGAGGGGGCUAGGCUGCAGACUGCCUUGUACCCCCUGGACACCCUCACAUGGGUUUUUCUGUGUUAUUUCAUAAGACUCUUUGAAGUCCAAUAAAGCAUGUAGGAGAUUUUAACCUC